AUGGAGUUUAACCAAGAACAUGAAGGGAAGUUGUUUAUGGGAGGCAUAGCUUCUCAUACAACAGUAGAAAAGCUUAAAGAAUACUUCGCCAACAAGUAUGGCGAAGUUAAACAUAUUGUAAUCCUAAAGGAUGCAAUCACAGGAAGAGCCAGAGGUUUCGGAUUCAUCGUCUUCAAUGAUCCUUCUAUCAUCGAAAUUAUAAUUCGAGAUAACAAGCAUUUUAUUGAUGACAAAUAUGUUGAGGUUAAAAGACCUUUUGGAAGAGAUGAACAACAAUUUACAUGCAAUUCCAGAAGUAUAAGGAGAAAGAUAUUCGUGGGAGGUUUGCCUAGUCCAUUGGAGGAAGACGAAUUUCGUAGCUAUUUCCAAACGUAUGGUAAUGUAACAGACGCUGUAAUAAUGUGCGAUCAGGAAACAAAUCGUCCGCGUGGAUUUGGAUUCGUAACUUUUGAUUCGGAUGAUGCAAUCGAUAAGGUUCUCCAGAAAAACUUCCACAAGCUGAAAAAUAAACUUGUAGAGGUCAAACCAGCACUUCCUCCUAAACAAGUUAGCACUUCCGCUUCUUCCGCUACGACAUUUGAUGGUGGUCCUGUAAAUAGGUUAAUGCAGGUUCAAACAUCGCCAAAUGGAGGAGGAUAUUUAUCAUAUCCAUAUCCAUAUCCUAGUAAUUAUGACUAUGGAGGUGACUAUGAUUAUGAUUAUGGUUAUGGUAAUGGUUAUGGUUAUGGUUACGGUUACGGUUAUGGUUAUGGUUAUGGUUACGAUUAUGAUUAUAGUUAUGGUUACGACUAUGAUUAUGGUUAUGAUUACGACGGUUAUUUCACGAAUCCUAAUAAUUUCAUGUGGAGCAAUAUGCAAUAUCCCGGAUCAAUGAUGCAGCCACUUUAUGCAGUAAAUUAUGUGUCAAACUAUUUAAUGCCUUAG